CGUCGCUGCGGAGAUGUGCUGAUGUGAGGUGGGAGUCAGCGCACAGGCUCCCUCCCUCCCUCUGCGCGAGAAAAGCCAGAACCGCAGCGAAAUAAAACACAGGUGCUAAAAUGGACCUUACUGUAGACCACCGUAUUAGACUACAGUAAUGCACAUCUUUAGUAUUUCUCGCUUGUUGGGAUAUAAAGGGACUCUCUCUCUCUCUCUCCCUCUCUUUCUCUCUCUCUCUCUCUCUCUCUCCCAGUUCCGUUCUUCCACCUCUCCUAUCUCGCCAGCUAGUGAGGAAGUCUGCUAACACGCUAGCCAGCUGAUUAGCUAAUACCUGUCUCACCGUUUACUUUUGGAGCUAGCGACUAGGGAGGUUAGUUAAGCUGCUGGUUAGCCUGACAGCUGGUCAGUGUGGUGCUGAAAGAGGUAAACUCUGCAGUUUUUGCAUUUCGGCUUCACGUUCAACAAAGACCUUUAAGAGGAUUGACAAAAAUGGGUGCUUUCUUGGACAAGCCAAAGAUGGAGAAGUUGAACGCACACGGGGAGGGAAACAGUGUGCGCUAUGGCCUGAGCAGCAUGCAGGGAUGGCGGGUCGAGAUGGAGGACGCACACACAGCAGUCAUUGGCCUUCCUCACGGCCUGGACACGUGGGCGUUUUUUGCCGUUUAUGAUGGGCACGCUGGCUCUCAGGUGGCGCGGUACUGCUGUGAACACCUGCUGGAGCACAUCACCAGCAACCCGGAUUUCAGAGGCGGAGGCCCAGGUGGAGGCAGUGAAGGUUCUCAUCCUGAGCCGUCGGUGGAGAGCGUGAAGAAUGGCAUUCGCACAGGCUUCCUGCAGAUCGACGAGCACAUGCGGGCUAUGUCAGAGCGCAAGCAUGGCGCUGACCGCAGUGGCUCCACGGCCGUGGGAAUCAUGAUCUCUCCAAGCCAUUUUUAUUUCAUCAACUGCGGUGACUCCCGAGCUCUGCUGAGCCGUGGUGGCCGGGUCCACUUCUUCACUCAAGACCACAAGCCCAACAACCCUUUAGAAAAGGAGAGGAUUCAGAAUGCGGGCGGCGCCGUUAUGAUUCAGCGGGUCAACGGUUCUCUGGCUGUCUCUCGUGCUCUUGGAGAUUUUGACUACAAGUGUGUGCAUGGGAAAGGCCCCACAGAGCAGCUGGUGUCUCCAGAGCCGGAGGUGUAUGAGAUCGAAAGGGCAGAUGCAGAGGAUGAGUUUGUGGUACUAGCCUGUGAUGGAAUCUGGGACGUCAUGACCAACGAGGAACUAUGUGACUAUGUGCGCUCACGGCUAGAGGUGACCGAGGACCUGGAGACGGUGUGUAAUGAAAUAGUGGACACCUGUUUGUACAAGGGUAGCCGUGACAACAUGAGCGUGAUACUGGUAUGUUUUCCAGGUGCACCCAAGAUCAAUCCAGAAGCUGUGAAGAGAGAAGCAGAGCUGGAUAAGUACUUGCAGAACAAAGUAGAAGAACUCAUUAAGAAGCAGGGCGUGGACAGCAUUCCAGACUUAGCCCAUGUGAUGUGUGUGUUAGCGACGGAGAACAUCCCCAACCUUCCACCUGGGGGAGAGCUGGCUAGCAAACGCAGCGUUGUGGAGGAAAUGUACAAUAGACUCAACCCAAACCAAAGUGACAGCACUUGUGGAGCCACCAACUGGGGCAAUGUUUGUGGAUCCUCCAGGCUCUAAAUAGGAUCCUUUCUUUUCCUCAUAUACAUUUUACACAUUUUUUGAAGAAAAAGAUGCUGAUUUCAUGAAACGUCAACACCAGGGGCUUCCAGAUUUAAGACUACUGUAAGAAGACCUACUGCUACCUCUAAUUACACACUUUGUAUACUGCCUUAAAUACUGUCUAUGGAACGACAGAUACAGGUAUAAUAAAGAGGACAAAGGAAGUCUGUGAACAUGAGUAUAUGUAGCAUGUGCUGAAAGCAAUUCCUAUUCAAGAAUAAAUGACUAUAGAUCAAUGUAUGGGCCUUUUUAUAACCUUCUUUGUGAAUAUGAUGAAGAAAUCCCUCACUGGUGUUUGUUACAGUUGCUCCUACUCUUUGCAUGUUACAUUUGAAAUGAUUCUAUAUAAAGUAAGAAGUCUUGGCAAAUCAGUGGGAAAUUUAUAUUCUCCAUUUGUGAACUUUCUUUUUCCCUGUUCAACAUAUUGCAACUAAGUACGACUGUCUAUGGGUCAUCAUUCAAACACAGAAAAAUAAAUGCAAAUCCAGAAUACAUGAGGUGGCUUGGGAAAACCAGUUGGAUGACAGUGUGGCUGAAUUGAAGUCAAAAGAAAUAAAUAGAACCACUGCAGCAAAUUAUUUUAAAAAAUAUUUCUUUUCUGCAGAUGUUAAUAUGCAGUUCCUUUUUUAUUUUUGAUCAACUUUUCAGAGCAUAAUUUUUCAGUUUCAGAGCAUAAUAAAUUCAGUGACUCUUCAAACCUUUUCAAACAGGCUCCUCUAAGCAUGGCUACAAAGCAGAGGAAGGCACAUAAAAAGAUAUCAAAGUACUUCCAGCUCAUAGUUUCCACUGUCUGAAAUGUCAUUAAGAAAUGGCAGUUAAGGGAAGCUGUAGAUGUCAAGGCAAAAUCUGGAAGGCCAAGAACACUCUAAGAAUUGCCUGUGUGUUGGCCAGAAAGGCAAAGCAAAAUCCCCAAAUGACAGAAAGGACCUGCAGGAAGGUUUAGCUGAUGCAGGAGUGAUGAUGCAAAGUUCUGCUGUGCAGUGUUGGUUGCACAAACUCAGUCUGCAUGGAAGAGUUGUCAGAGGGAAACCUUACCUGAUAUAUGCAAAACAAAAGCCAGAGGCAUUUUGGAAACAAGUGCAGUGGACUGAUGAAGUAAAAAUGGGACUCUUUGGCUACAGUUUCCAAAGGAGCAGCAAUUGUUGAAGAAGGAGCGGAUCUGUCGUGCUUUGGGGUUGUUUGGCAGUCAGUAGCACCUGAAACAGUGCAUGGGUAGAUGGAAGAAUGGAUUCCAGUAAAUAUCAGCAAAUGUGAUUCAGUCAGUCAAGAACCUGGAGCUGACAAAAGAUUGGCUUCUACAACAGGACAAUGAUCCAAAACGAGGUUGCAGGUAUACCUCAAAAUCCACAAUAAACUACUUAAAGAAAUGCAAGCUGAAACUUUUUAAAUGGCCCUCACAGUCCUCUGACUUAAACAUCAUUGAAAAUAUGCAGGUAGAUCUACAUAUUAGGCAAGAUGGCCCAAGAAUUUCUCAGACCUAGAAGAGUGGGUGAAGAUGUAUUAAACAAGAAUUAAAGUGUAUGGAGACUGUCAUGUCCGCCAGAGGGGGUGUUACUAAAUACCGACUUAGAAGGAUGUCCAAAAUCUUACACAUGCCACAAUUACUAUAUUAUUGUGGGUUUUUUCAAAAAUAUAUUUUAAUUAUUCAAAUAUUAAAGCAACUGUGCAUACUAUUUGCAGAGUUCUUUUUUAAUAAAUAGCUUGCUGCAACAGUUGUUUGUUUCUUUUAACUUCAAAAAUCAACAAAAUAUGUAAUUUUGCCAGGGGUACCCAAACUUUUGCAUACAAAUGUAUAUGCAUAAUAAAUGGCACAGUUUUCACUAUGCCAUCCAUAUGGUGCUAUCAUGUCAAGAAAUAUGCCAUUUUCGGGAACCUUUUCUUUAUAUCGUUACUCUGCAGUCUAAUAUUACAAAGUCUCUACCUCUCAACCGACUUACCUCUUUUUAUGAGCGUUGUUGGUUUGCUAUGAUUUGAUUGCUCAGACUGUAAAUGAACAAUAAGUAGCUCUCAGCAGUAAACAUCAAUAUCAAUGAUUUCUUAGUCAUUAGUUACAGAUUUGAUUUCUGUAUUUGUGUGAUAUCAGUGAUGUCCUUUGUUUCUGUCACUGGUCUGCCACUCACAAAAUGUUGUAGAUGAGUAUUGGUCAGUGAACAUAUUGAGACUGUUUGCUUACCCUUUGCUUUGAACAUCAAGGGAAGACACUUUGACUCUCUGUGGCUAAAAUAAGCUCCAAUUCCCUUUGAGCGUGUGUCAGGUAUGCACACCCCUAAUUGAAUAACACUGACAGUGUUUCUCACAAUGCCUAAUAGUGCAAUGCACUAUUAAAAAUAGAAAGAAAGUGGUGGCUUGUCCAUAGGGGCAGGUGGGGCAG